AUGACUCCCUCUUCAUUGCUUGAGGAAAGCAAUAGGAGCACCUAUGCAGAUGAGGAGAUGAAGUUUAAAGAAGAAGAGGGAGGGUAUUCUAAAAGAAAUGCAGUCUCAACAGAUUAUGAGAAAAGCUUGUCUGAUCAAAGGAAACGUUCCAUGGCACUGAACAGUGAAGGACUUGAGGGUUUGAUUCCAAGGGCUAAACUUUUGCUAUCCCUUGGAGGGACAUUCUUCUUGGGGUUUGGGCCUUUAAUUCUUAUCACAGUUGCAUUCUUCUCUGCUCUAUAUAUCUAUUUUGGACCGUCAUUUGUUCAUGAUGCAAGCAGAUCGCCCAUACCACCACCUCAAUAUAUCAACCCCUACACUCUUCUGGAAGAGGAAAGGAUAACCGAAAUGGCUCCAUAA